UUCGCUUCCCACGGCCGCGGCGGCGCGGGCAACAUGGCCGACGCCGCCCAGUCGCCCAAGAUCAACCCCUCGGAUCUCGAGACCCCCGUGCUGAAAACGGCGGUUGUUACCACCGGCCGAGGGGGCACCGGCAACAUGGCCCAGAACAACGACCCGCGCGAGACUCGUCUUCGCCAGGACGUCAAGGCAGUGCCUCGACGACUUAGUUCAGGAGCCCAGUACGUUGGCCGUGGCGGCGCUGGCAACGUAUUCAAAGGCGAGGACGAAUUGGAAGAGUUG